AAAGUCUAUCUUCAAGAACACACAGACGAAGCGAAAUAUCUCAGUCAUCAACAAAACCAUCACCCAUUACCAAGCAGAGUGUCCACCAUCGAUCCUCAAAUCAGAUCCCGUCAUGAAGCUGCUCGCAUCGCUAAUGCAGAACACCGCCGCACCCCUGUACUCCUCAGGAACACUAAGCUUGCCCAGCAUGUUCUGCGUGGGCCAGUCGCGCUUGCGCUCGGGGUACUUCUCGAACAGCGCCUCGACCAUGGCGGUCGCGAUGUAGCCGGGCGAGAUGGUGUUGACGCGGAUGCCGUAGGGGCCCCAUUCGGAGGCCAGGUUGCGGCCGAGUUGGAGCACGGCGGCUUUGGAGGCGUUGUAGGCGGGGCAGAUUAG